AUGUAUCCACCACCGCUCCUCACCGUCGCCCUAACCCUCAUGCUCUCAACGACAUCAUCCGCCCUCCAAACCCGCGACAUCCUCAAACCCCGCAACUGGGACCUCCGCCUCCUCGGGCCGGGGUGUAACCCCAACGCGUCGAAUAUCGACAUCUCGGUUUUCCACCGGUCGGGGCUAUACGGGACAGAAUGCGAGGGCCUCGAUACGAGUGUCUACAAUACGACGAGUGUGAAGAGUGUUUCGUGGAAGAGUCCCGGAGUGAAUCGGUAUGAUUUGUGUAUGUAUAGUGAUGCGGGGUGUGCGGCGGGUAACGCCGAUGUUAUUCGCGAUGGAUGGGAGGUAUGUUAUCUGUUUACUGGGUGGGCGGGGUUCAAGGUUGUUGAGGGGGGUCAGGAGUGUUGA